GUUUUGCUCUCCUAAAGAUGCUCUUUGUUCAGGAUAAUACACAAGACAACUAUGGGCAUGCUUUUUGUGAGCAUCGAAUGGAAAAUGAAACUUUUAACGUGGCUGUGUUUUGGUUUUUCUAGCACAGUGGUUGCUGGUAUCACACUGACAGUUAUUCCCUCAAACGACGUUGAAGUUAACCAGACGGUGACAUUAACAUGCCAGUUAGAUCCAAAUCCAACUCCACCAAUCAUUGUUGCGUUUGCAAACAACUUCACAGACAUCCUGUGUUCACUGGAAUACAGUAAUGGAAAGUGUAUAAAUACAUCGGAUGCUUGUUUAACUGGCUACAAUGCUUCCUGUCACAAUGAAACACUAUACAGUCUACAGGUGCCUGUUUCCUGGAACUGGAAUGGAUUGUCUUUAUACUGUCAAAACCUAACUUCCAAAAGUAACUCUGUCCUUCUUAACGUGAAAGUACCAGUGACGUCAGUGACUUUGACCCCGACACCGAUCUUUGCUAUUGCUGGAAAACAGAUAAAUAUAACCUGUACAACGCCAUAUUGUUAUCCUCCAGCUGACAUCACGUGGUAUAUAAAUUUUGAGAACAUGCCAUCAAAAGACAUAUAUAGAUAUACAUACAAAGGUGGUUUAGUGAGAACUAUAUCAACAUUGUCAACCACUUUUAACAAAUCUGACAACGGAAACGAGAUGUAUUGUACAGCACGAAACCUGCCAUAUCAAGGGGUAAACUCAACGGUGUAUACAGUGACGGUUAUGUUUAAACCGGAAGUGACCAUUAACACAACAAAUCCAUACAGAAUUAAAGAGGGACAAACAGCUAUUUUAGAGUGUCAAGUGACUGAUGCAAACCCAAUCGAUAUACAUGUAAUUACAUGGAGAUGGUACAGAACAGAUCGUCAUCAAAGAGUCAUUUAUAGUAAACCACAAUAUAUAAUACCUAACAUACAGAGAAACAUGUCUGGGUUAUAUAUCUGUACUGUCAGCAACCCUGCCGGGACAUCUGAAGAGGUUACAAUUAGCGUAGAUGUUCUGUAUAAACCAGAGGUGACAUCAAGUGUUCCAAAUCCGUACAUAGUUAUAGAGGGACAAACAGCAACGCUGGAGUGUACAGUGGUUGAUGCCAACCCUAACACUAGUAUCACAUGGGAGUGGUUUAGAACAGAAAGUCCGAAAAAUAUCAUUUAUAAUGAAUCCAGCUAUGUUAUCCCUAACAUACAGAGAAACAUGUCUGGUUUUUACAGCUGUAUCGCGAAUAACUCUGAAGGGACAUCCCUCGCAAAUACAACAGUCGAUGUACAAUACACGCCCUACAUAAUUGCUGGUCCUAGCAUCAUGGUAAACGACAGUGACAGAGUCAUAAUCAGUCGAAAGAUAGAAAGUAAUCCCUUGGCAAAUGCCAGCUGGUAUAGCGGUCCAAAGUUAUUGAAAACGGAGAUGUCAGUGAAAAAUGCCACAUUCAUCAUAGAUAAAGUUGUAUGUACAGAUACACGGAAUAUAACCCUUCUCGCUAGUAAUGCAGUGGCACAAAACGUGACAGAUUUAGUGGAGUUGAUAAUAAAUUGUAAGCCACAGUCAUCUCCUUCAAACAUAACACUCUCUGUGACAGACACCACUGGGAUUGAAUUUUCAGCAACAGUUAUAGCGCAUCCUGAGCCUCGUUUUGAAUUAAGAUACGAUAAUGGAACAAUAAACAAUAGGAUGAUGGGAACUUUGCAUAGAAAUGCUGUGAAUAAUUUUACUAUUUAUUUUAAUCAAACAGUAGUAGAACCAAACGAUUACAGAACCUAUCACCUCAUAGUAAGCAACUCUUUUGGAGAAACAGCGGUAUUCGUGAAUGUAUUACCACAAAGGAAACCAAGUAUGCCGAAUAUUACUGAAAUUGUAUGUGAAGUAACGAGUGCCAAAGUUCAGUGGAUAUCAUCAUUUAAUGGCGGAGAUAACCAGUCAUUUACCGUAACUGCUAUGUAUGGACAAAAUAAAGAAAGUAACUCUAGUACUAUAUCUGAUAAAGGAGAAAAUAGGAUUCAUUCUGUGUAUGUACAAAAUCUUCAACCUGCAACGACGUACAUUUUUUAUGUUUCUGCACUGAACCGCUACGGAUUGAGCUUUUCAGAAAACAUGAAAUGCACGACAUUAGAAGAGUCGACUGAUAAUUCCCCAAUAAUUACCCUAGGAGUGGCUGCUGGAGGGAUGACUCUAGCAAUGGUCAUCACUGUUGUUGUCCUGGUUCUUAAAAGAUCCAAAAAGCCAGACAACAAAGAAAGGGAUUUUGAUAGGAAUAACCCGAAUGUAAAAACGACCGAAGAUGCCUCACAUUACACAACACUUGAAGAACGAGAUAUUACUAGAGAAAGAAACUUUUAUGAGACAUUAACACAAAAUAAGGACGCUAAUCACUAUGAAGCUUGUCUAAUUACAGAAAGUCAAGAAAAUAAUAGUAAAAUGUAUGAGAGCUUAAAAGAAACCAAAAGUAGAGAUAAACGAAAUAUUUUUGACAAACAGGUUGUCUUGAAGAAUCCAAAAGAUUUGUCUAAUGUAUACGUUAACCACUCUGGGACGGCGAAAACUGCGGAAUACGUAAACCUCUCGUUCUCAAACUAAACUCUUUUUGCCUACAACAAAUAAGUUGUUACAGCUGACUUCUUAAUCUUUUUGAUUGUACUUUUAAAUAGAUAUAGUAUGACUGCAGCGAUAUGUCUCAUCCUUUUCAUGAAUUAACGAAACAUCUGCAUAGAUGCAUAGCUACAAAAAAGAUGUUCUUUAGCAAACAUUAAUAAGCUACUAUUACAAAUUAUUUAAUUCAACGAACAUUUUUUUAUUUUCUACUCGUCAAUUUAAUUAUUGUUCUAAAGGUUUUAUUUCAUUUUAUUUUUUAUUGUUCAAAAUCAUGUAAUAAAAUAUCAAGUGCAUACUUUUUAAUAAACUAUCGCUAUUGCAAUCUCAAUCUGAGAUUGAAUAUGCAUUAAAUGAUAUUCACAAUGUACCAGUAGCCUUGUUUGUUAAAAUACGUUGGGUUUUUUUUCGGGGGGGGGGGGGUUACUGUGGGUAUUAAUGUAAGUUUCAUCCAAUCAGAGCAGCAAAAUAGCAUUUUUAAAGUAGCUAGUUACAAAUAUAAUUAAAUAUUUUGACAUGAAAAUUGCAGUUCAUUUAGCUUUAAGUUCAAAAGAUCAUUUGUCUAAUCUAUGUGCACUUAACUUUUCAUUGUUUAAAAACACGCAUGAUUCAUAUUAACGAAGCUUUUUUUUAAACUCAUUCAAAGCAAUUGUUAUGAUACUCUUUAAGAUUAAUUUUUAAUUGUAAAAAACUUCAUUAAAUAUUUAAUUCAU